UUGCAGACGAAGCGAGUUAUCAACAUGACCCGUGGUGGUCGUCAAUCAUCCAUGUGGGCUCUCGUCAUCGUGGGUAACAAAAAGGGUGUGGCUGGCUUUGCCAUUGCCAAAGCAGAGGACGUGGGUGAUGCCGUACGCAAGGCCACCGCCAAGGCUAUUCGCAAAGCCGUCUUUAUCGAUCGCUUCGACGAGCGUACCAUCCAUCACACCAUCCACCACAAGUUUCUGCGGACCAAAAUUUUCCUGCGCCCUAAGCGUCCGGGGGGUGGUUUGAUUGCCCACCGCUCCGUCAUGGGCAUUGCCGAGUUGGCCGGCAUUCGUGACUUGGGUGCUGAUAUCAUUGGCUCCAACAACCCGCUCAACGUGGUGCGGGCCACCUUUGGGGCCCUGGCCCGCCAAAUUCCGGCUACCGAACUGGCCGAGGCCCGUGGC